AUGGCGUCCAAUACAGCACGCACCCUCCACGCUUCCGACCGUGCAAAGAUGCAGUUAGGCAAUAAUCACAAUAAUUUUCACAAUACUUAUAACAUUACUUAUAAUGCUACCGACCUCACGGCCGAAAUCGAGGACGAAACAUCAGACGAGGCCGUCGACCUCACCGAGGAGAUCAUUGAUCUUACGCAGGUUACAUCAGACCCACAUAUGGGUAGCAAGCGGGCUCAAGAUUGGGACAGCGAUGACCACGAGAGCAAACGUCUGAAGUUUCCCGACGACACGAGUGAGUCUUCAAGCGAGUCUGGUUACGAUGGCGGAGAUAGCGUUGAUGAGGAUGAGGACUGUGAAGACGGCGAAGACUAUGUUGGCCUGUCCACCGAGGAUGAAGGCGAGGAAAAUAGCGACGAGGAAUACGAGUAA